GCUCGCUCCGCGCUCCUUCUCUCCCGACUUCUGGCAUCUCUCGGGGGUUUGCCGGCAGCCCCGGCGGGUCCCGGCCGCGCUGAGGGUUCGGUCCAUGCUCGGGCUCGGUGCCGGUGCUGCCGGGGAGGGGGCCCGGGGAGCGGCCGGGGCCGGGCACACGGGGCCAAGGGCCGGGGCGAGCCCCGCGCUUCCCGCUGGACAUGCAGAGCACCCCCAACUACCUGUGGAGCACCGAGGACCUCCUGGGCCAGGGGGCCACGGCCUCUGUCUACAAAGCUCGCAACAAGAAAUCAGGGGAGCUGGUAGCCGUGAAGGUCUUUAACAAUGCCAGCUACCUGCGGCCCCACGAGGUCCAGAUGAGAGAGUUCGAGAUGCUGCGGAAGCUGAACCACAAAAACAUUGUCAAAUUAUUUGCCGUGGAGGAGACAGGCAGCAGCAAGCAGAAGGUGCUGGUGAUGGAAUAUUGCUCCAGUGGCAGCCUGCUGAAUGUGCUGGAGGACCCAGCCAAUGCCUUUGGCCUGGCUGAGUCCGAGUUCCUCAUCGUGCUGCAGUGUGUGGUGGCAGGGAUGAACCACCUCCGUGAGAACGGCGUGGUCCACAGGGACAUCAAACCCGGCAACAUCAUGCGGCUGGUGGGGGAGGACGGGCAGAGCAUCUACAAACUGACGGAUUUCGGAGCCGCCCGAGAGCUGGAGGAUGACGAGAAGUUUGUGUCUGUCUAUGGGACAGAGGAGUACCUCCACCCCGACGUGUACGAGCGAGCCGUGCUGCGCAAGCCGCAGCAGAAGGCGUUCGGUGUCACCGUGGACCUGUGGAGCAUCGGUGUCACCUUCUACCACGCUGCCACCGGCAGCCUCCCCUUCGUGCCCUUCGGGGGACCCCGCAGGAACAAGGAGAUCAUGUACAAAAUCACCACGGAGAAACCUCCUGGGGCCAUUGCAGGGAUCCAGAGGCAGGAGAACGGGAACAUCGAGUGGAGCUACGAGCUGCCCGUCACCUGCCGCCUCUCCACGGGGCUGAAGGACCAGCUGAUCCCCGUCUUGGCAAAUAUCCUGGAGGUGGAUCAGGAGAAAUGCUGGGGGUUCGACCAGUUUUUUGCAGGAACCAAUGACAUUUUGCACAGGAUCGUGGUGGACGUGUUCUCCCUGCAGCAGGCGUCCUCCCACCGCAUCUACAUCCACUCCUACAACACUACCGCCAAGUUUUUAGACGCCGUCUUCAAACAGACAAAUAUAGCCCCUCACCAUCAGGAAUAUUUUUUUGAAGGACACCUGUAUGAGCUGGAUCCCAAUCUACAAGCUCAUAAUUUCUGCAGAACCACAGAGAGCAGCCCCCUGACCUUGCUGAGCACCUCUGAGCAGCCCGAGGACGUGCUGGGGGUGCGCUACAGAGACCCGGCGCUGGACUUCCCCAAGCUGGUGCCCAGGGUGGACGUGGUGGCCGACUGCAGCGCAGCCAAGAGCGCCGUGGGUGCCGCUCACCAGACCCUGCGCGUGGGGCAGGCGCUGCGGAGGGGCCGGGAGCUGCUGGCCAGGGGGCUCCAGUGGGUGAUAGGGAACCUGAGAAGCGAGUGCUGCAGGAUUUUGGAGCAGAGGAGAGGGGCUCAGGCCGUGCUGGCCUGCCUGCAGCUCACCCAGGGGAAGACACUCGUGCUGUUCCAGGCCGUUCCUGGGGGCAGCAGGGACCCAGCUGGGGUGGAUGUGCUGGAGACAAGGCUGCAGAGGGUGGACCAGGAGCUCUCCCAGUGCUCCCACAGCGUCUUUGACUUCCAGGGGGCCCUGGAUGGGAUUUUGGCCGAGCUGCUGAAGGACAGGCAGCAAGUGCACGAGGACAAGAGCAUCCAGCAGAUGGAGUGGUGCCUGGAGAAGAUGCAGGGGAUCUACAAGCAGUUCAAGAAGGCCAGGACGUGUCUGAGUGAGUGGUCGGUCACCUGCGAUCUCCAGCUCAACAACAGCAUCAUCGAGCGGUUGGGUGGGGCUGCUCCCACUCCCAGCGUUUGAGGGACACUGUGAAGGUGCAGCUGCUGAAGCAAAACCACUUCCAACCUCGGGGAAUUCGCAGGAGCCGUCGGAUUUCCGUGCCCUGGGAGCUCUCCGUGUGCUACCUCUGUGCUCCAGCACUUUGCACAUCCAUCAGCUCCCAGUGCCCUGAGCCUCUGGAAGUCUGGCCAGAAAAAUUGAGUGGGGUUUUAUCUUUUUCUUGUUAAAAAACGCUUGAAGGACUUGG